AUGAGUGAUGUUCAACACCGCCCUCUCACAUCGCUGCAAAGCGUGAUUUUGACCACAGGUCCAUUCAUCUUCCUAUGGACCAGUCUUCGAAAUCAUAUUCAGCGCAAUGGAGCAAUAUCCUUUGCUCGAACCACAACCAAACUAAACAACGAAAUCUACUCCAUCUUCUCCUUCGCCCUUGGAGGCUUGAUCUUGAACGACGUAUUUCAAUUCUACCCAUUGGAUGACACCAUCAAGACCAACGACAUAGCGUAUAUCUACCAUCUCUCCAAGUUCUACGAAUACACCGAUAUAUUCAACCUCGUCGCUGGUGGAAAGGUCAUCGGCCCCCACAUGGCAUUCCACCACUUGACAACACCGUUCCUCACCCAUUUCCGUGUCCUGAAUGCCACCGACUGGCAAGUCUUCGCCUUUCUCAACUGCGUGCAUCAUUUUUGGCUGUAUGCGUAUCUUGGGGGUGUGGGCUUGUUUCGACCGAUCUUACCUGUCACGGGCUGGCUUCAAUUGGUCGCCGGAAUAGCGGUUGAUGUCCUCUGGCUCUUCCAGAACGGCAAAAGUGAAAACCCAGAAGCUACCAACCGACUUAUUAGCGUUCUACUGUUGACGAGAUACGCCAUGCUGUACUAUGAACACUUGAAGAAAGGGGGUACGCAAGACCCAAGCGAGGGAAAUGUGGACGGAAAGAAAGAGUAA